GAAACAGCUACCAUGACCACUGUCACCACCACUACUCCGCCUCUCAAUCAAUCUUCUUUUGACCUGACUGGUCCAUAUGGAGAUUGGAGAGACGACCUUCAUAACCAGGGCUAUGUCGUGAUCAAGAAUGCUAUCGACCCAGAAAGGGCCCAAGGCUAUCAGCGCAAAGCCCUGGACUGGCUCAAGUCCUUCAGCCCGGCCCUCGACCUUGACGAUCCUUCUACGUGGAUCAAAGACAACUUGCCGGUCCAAAGCAAAGUGAAUACAUUCAAUGGGUAUUCCGUCACCCAUGAGAAAUUCAUGUGGGAUGCUCGCAUGGAACCGAAGGUAUUGGAGGCGUUUGCCAAGCUCUGGGGUACCGACGAGCUACUCGUCUCGUUUGACGCAUUGAACGUCACUCUACCGAACCAAAAAGAUAAGCCUGCUCAAAAGCCAUGGCCCCACGUGGACCAGUCGCCGUUCCGUCGCGGGCUCCACUGUAUUCAGGGCAUUAUCAACCUAAGCCAUGCGGGUCCCGAAGAUGGAUCCCUGAUGGUGUUCCCGAGGUCGAACACCGUCACCGAGGGGUUCUUCGACACCGAGACCGAUCCAUCCACCUGGGAGCAAAAGGACAUACGCUUAUUCAGCGAGGAAGAAAUCAAGUGGUUUGAAGAUCGUGGUAUGAAACCAUCCAAGGUGCUCGCAGAGCCCGGGGAUUUAAUCUUAUGGGAUUCACGUACUGUACAUUGGGGUGGGGAACCAACAGUCCACAGCGACACGAUUCGAACGGUGAUUUAUGCAUCAUAUGCCCCUUUGGAGUUAGCCACGGAAGAGAGUUUGAGGCGGAAGCAAGAAGCCUUUGAAUCUUACCGAGCCACGACUCAUUGGCCACACGAGAAUAUAGUUAUACGCGAUGGAGUGGUGCGUCUCCCGGAUGGCAGUGUUGAUCCCCGCAAUCGAUCUAUCCCGUUGGAGGUGCCAGAGCACACAGAUCGGUUGCUUCAACUAGCAGGUGUAAAGUCUUAUCGUGAGCCUUUGACGUCGAUCUUCCGUAUUGCUCACAAGGCAAAUAUGAAAUCAUUUGAAUCUCGCCCUCCCGUUGAUUAUCCACGGAAGCGUGCAUCAAUCGCAUGUAAUUUCUGUCGACAUCGGAAACGAAAGUGCGAUGGUCAAAAGCCGACAUGUGGCCUUUGCACUGAUGCGGGGGCUCAGUGUGUCUAUCAAGAAAGCGACAGGGUGCAGGAUAUCCCAGCUGAAAUCCUGCUUCGCUUGACCCAUCUGGAAACCCUGAUCGAGCAACAAAAGGACGCCAUCACCGAGCUCUCAGCCCGAGUAGCCUCUUCCUCGGAUCAUCCAGCUCGGUCGGCCCCCUCUAUCUAUUCGUCACAGCCAAAAUACGACUGGGAUCCAUCAUCGGAACAUGUCUACGAUAAAUCCUCCUUCGGCCUCUUUUCGCCCGAGAACACAUACGGCAAUGAAUAUGCAUUUACUAUUCCUUUCGCUCAUCAUACGCCAACAGGAAGCCUAUUUGCGUUGGAUCGAAUCAAGAAUCUGGUUGGCGACUACCCCCAAGACUUUUUCAAGCAGAUAGAGAAAAAGCGACCAUUCAACAGCAUCCAGGUCACAGGCAUACCUCAGGCAUUUGAACAAAUCGACAGAUCCCGACUGCAUCCCCAGGUCACCAAACCUCUGAUCACCGAGUUCCUCCACCAUGUCCAUCCAUUCUUCCCCAUUGUCGAGCCGCAGUUGUUACAUAUGCUCUUUGACACCUUCUCAACAUACACCAAGGUCAACAGCAUCCAGACUUCACUUUAUCUCAUCAUUCUGGCUCUGGGGAAGGUCUCCUCGAAUCCUCAACGCAUUUUUGACAUCGAAGCCGACAAAGAUCUGAGUGGGAUGGAAUAUUUCGCUUCCGCAUAUCACUACCUGAACAACCCGUUGAUAACGUCCUUUACAGCGGACCACCUGUUGCCUUUGGCUUUAUUCUACGGCUCGAUUUAUCUACGUUACAUAGGACGCCCAAUCCAAGCCUGGCAAAUGAUUCACGAUGCGUCCGGUAGUGUGCAGAUCAUGAUUUCCGAACUACACGACAUGAACACGCAUGAAGAGAGAGCUAGUCUCUACCGGAUUGCUUGGGGUUGCUUCAUUCUCGAAUGUGACGAUCUCGCAGAGUUUCAUUUCCCCCCCAGUGGCAUUGAACUCCUCGUCGACAGAUUGCCCUUUCCUCGAAUUUCGGAAGAUAGCCGGAAUGGCCACCUUGUUUUCCUCGCAAUGUGCUCCAUUCGAAAGCUUCUCAACCGUGUGCACAGUGCUCUCUAUGCAAAAUCUGACCAGGAUAAUUUCCAUGCCAGCCCCCCGCCUCAACACACAAGUGAUACCCCCAGUGCAACUCCCCAAAAGCAUUCGAUUACAUCUCUUAAGACAAUUAGCGAGGAACUCGAUCGUCAAUUGGAGGACUGGUUUGGCUCGCUCCCAAAUCCCAUCCGGCCAACCCUCGGCAAUACAAUAUCCGCAGAUCACCCUUAUGACACUUACAUUCUCGCCCGGUACUAUGCCACAAAACACAUCAUCUGUCGCCCGAGUCUAAUUUUUGCUGCCCACACCCAGGGCAGUACGGUAUUGCCAGAGUUCGUUUUCGCGAAUUGCAAGAAGUGCGUCGAUAGCUGUCGCAAAUUCAUAUGGGCCGCAUCGAUUCUUAUGCGGCAGAGAACACACGGAAACUGGCACACAAUGCAAUCAAUGCUGGCUGCCAUUUUUACUCUCUCAACUGCGAAAACCACUCCGGCUUUAGAGGCCCUCGUUCCGGACUUCGACGAGCUAGUGAAAGAAGCAAUUCAAUGCAUUGAGCUAUGGGCGGGGCAUUGCGAAACAGCAGAUACAGUCAUCAGCAUGUUGAAGACAACCCGCCAGAAAAUUAAUUCCAUUCAUGGUGUUCGACUCGCAGGGGAGCCGUCCACCUGGGAUAUCCAGAUUGGAUACCCUGCAGACUCCCCACAGGGCACAGUCACCUCUGUGACCCCGCAUGAACCCUCUACUAAGGAUGAGUUCGAGUCUCCUCUAGCCCUACCAGCUUUAACACACCCUCACAUUCACCUGGAUAAAGCCUUUAUCCACAGCGCACCUGAAUAUGCCCCAUUUCUACCUACAGCUGGCACGUUCCAGGAGGCUUUGACCUCCACGACCAAGGCUAAACAACAAUUCAGCCAUGCUGAUCUCAUUAGAAGAGGAGAGUGGCUUCUUGCUGAGUCUGUUGCAUCAGGUGUCACUGCAAUGAGAGCGUUUGUGGAGGUAGACCAUACAGUGCAGCUGAUCUGUUUAGAAGCUGGGGUUGCAUUGAAAAACCAAUGGAAAGAUUCUUGCGAUAUCCAAAUCGUCUGUUUCGCGCAAGAUCCUAUAUUCUCUACUGAACAUGGAGAGCAAAACAUGGCCUUUCUGGAAACUGCUCUCCAUAAAUAUUCGCAAAUCGAUGUUAUCGGGACAACACCAUACGUCGAAUCGAGCCCCGACGCUGCAAAGGAAAACAUUGAAUGGGCGAUUGAUCGUGCCUUGCAGCUGAACAAACACGUCGACUUCCAUCUCGAUUACAACCUCGAUUCAAACAAAGAGGCCCUAGUUUGGCAUGUCUUGCAAACGCUCAAACAGCGAAGUUGGACUACCCACUCAACAGACAAGCGUGUCAUGCUUGGUCAUUGCACACGGCUGACACUGCUCACGGAGAACGAAUGGGCCCGACUGGCAACUGAAAUCCACAAGAAUGAACUCCCAGUCAGCUUUGUAGGUCUUCCAACAAGCGAUAUGUACAUGGCGUCACCUCCCAGAACGAGCGGGGACUGCAACCUAUCACAAGAGCGCCCGAGAGGCACUCUACAGGUCCUAGAGAUGAUCCAAAAAUACAAUCUGGAUGCCGUGAUCGGGGUGAAUAAUGUCGGCAAUUCAUUUACCCCAUGGGGUUUGCCUGAUCCGUUAUCGUUAGCUUGUCUCGGCGUGGGAAUCUACCAGGCUGGAAGCCAGGCGGAUGCAGGGUUACUCUAUGAAUGUGUUUCGACACGAGCCAGGGCGGCUAUUGGGCUCUUACCAUCCCAUUCGGGUCUAUGUGUAAAGCAGGGGUGUCGACCGGACCUGUUGGUGGUUCAUCAUAGAGAUGACACUGGGUGUGGUGUGUCUCGGCCGCGAACAAAUAUUGCAGAGGUUGUGUGGACUCCGCCGGGGAAAUUGAAUAGGGAUGUGGUUUCUGGUGGACGACUUAAGAUUUCGCCUUUUGCUGCGGAGUCAGACGCUCUGUAUCGAUUUUGA